AUGACUCGUUUUGCCACAUCUUACCUAACUUUGGGGUGCCUCAAUGACAAUAGGGGAGCAUUGAUAAGAAUGUUCUCCUCCAAUGAAUGGAAAUCUAGCCGGUUUGCAAGGACAAAGAAGGGGAAACUUAUUGAAGAUGUGGUCAUGGAUAAGAGAUUUUGGAAAAAUAUUAUAGUAUGCUUAAAGGGCGCUUAUCCUCUAAUCAAAGUGCUUCACUUUGUCAAUUCAGACAAGAAACCAAUGGCGUUCAUUUACGAAGAAAUGCACCAGGCUAAAGAGAAGAUACAGAGUGUCUUCAAUGGUGUCAAAAAAAGUUAUAUGCCUCUAUGGGAUGUCAUUGAUGAAAGAUGGGACAAACAACUCUGUAGACCUUUGCAUGUUGCAGGCUAUUACCUUAAUCCUCAAUUACACUAUAGUCCUGGAUUCAAAGCUAAUUUUGAAGUUCAACGUGGAUUUUAUGAUUGUUUACAAAGGAUAGUGGGAAGUCUUGAAGAAACAACUAAGAUUGAUACUCAACUCGAAAAUUUCAAGAGUCAGUCAAAGUUUUUUGGUAGUGGAUUUGCCAAGAUGGCAAUCGAUACCAAAACUCCAUUACAGUGGUGGGAUUCUUAUGCGUUUGAACAUCCAGAGCUCGAACAAUUUGCUAUUCGUGUAUUAAGCUUGACAUGCAGUUCCUUUGGGGGUGAACGAAAUCGGAAUGCCUUUGAAAUGGUCCACACAAAGAGAAGAAACCGUUUGAAACAAAAGACCAUGAAUGAUGUUGUUUUUGUGAUGGCUAAUUCAAAAUUGGCCAAGAUGAAGGAUGAUGCUGGAAAAACUAUUGAGUAUGGCAUUGAUGAUCUUUCAUCCGAUGAUGAUUGGAUUGUGGAUCAUGAUGAAAGUUCAUCUAAUGAUGAAGAUUUAGAUUUGGACAACUUGGAUUUGGAUACUCCAAAUCAAGAAGACUUGGUUCAAGUCGGGGAGCAUGCUACUGGUGGUGUUGGUGCUCCUCUGGAUGAUAUGGAGAUUCCUAAUUUUGAUGAUGAACCUGAUGGUGAAGAAGAUGCCAUGCAUCAUUUUGGAGAUGAAGAUUAUAUGAAAAAUGUUUUUAAUGACCGUGACUUGAAUGAUUUGCUAGAUUAG